AUGUCGGAUCUUGAGGCUCCCUUGCGUCCCAAGAGGAAGAAGAUUUGGGUGGACUACUUUGUUAAGUUUAGAUGGAUUCUUGUUAUUUUUGUGGUUCUUCCCAUUUCUUUCACGCUUUAUUUUCUUACAUACCUUGGGGAUGUGAGAUCUGAGUGGAAGUCCUUUAAGACGCGGCAGAAGGAGCAUGAUGCGAAUGUUGAGAAGGUCGUCAAUCGUCUCAAAAAGAGGAAUCCUUCAAAGGAUGGUCUUGUCUGCACUGCUCGUAAGCCAUGGGUUGCUGUUGGGAUGAGAAAUGUUGACUAUAAGAGGGCUCGUCAUUUUGAGGUUGAUCUUUCUCCUUUCAGGAACAUACUUGAGAUCGACACAGCGCGGAUGAUUGCUAGGGUAGAGCCCCUUGUCAACAUGGGUCAGAUUACCAGGCUGACUGUGCCUAUGAAUCUUUCACUUGCCGUGGUUGCUGAACUCGAUGAUCUUACUGUUGGUGGUCUCAUUAAUGGUUAUGGGAUCGAAGGAAGUUCCCACAAAUAUGGCCUUUUUUCGGAUACUGUUGUAGCCUUUGAAAUCAUUUUGGCAGAUGGAUCUCUUGUUAAAGCCACCAAGGACAAUGAGUACUCUGAUCUAUUUUACGCUAUUCCAUGGUCUCAGGGAACACUUGGGCUUCUUGUUGCUGCUGAGGUCAAGCUUAUACCCAUUAAAGAGUACAUGAAGUUAACCUAUAAACCAGUUGUUGGUAACCUGAAAGAUAUCGCACAAGCAUAUUCUGAUUCUUUUGCUCCCAGAGAUGGGGACCAGGACAAUGAUGAGAAGGUUCCAGACUUUGUUGAAACUAUGAUUUAUUCUCCAACACGAGCUGUCUGCAUGACAGGGAGAUAUGCUUCGAAGGAAGAGGCCAAGAAAAAGGGGAAUAAGAUUAACAAUGUAGGGUGGUGGUACAAAACCUGGUUCUACCAACAUGCAGAGACAGCACUCAAGAAAGGUCUCUUUGUAGAAUACAUUCCCACCAGAGAGUAUUAUCACAGGCACACAAGGUGUUUGUAUUGGGAGGGGAAGCUUAUCCUCCCAUUUGGUGAUCAAUUUUGGUUUAGGUUUCUGUUUGGCUGGUUGAUGCCACCAAAGGUUUCUUUGCUCAAGGCAACUCAAGGGGAAGCUAUUAGAAACUAUUACCAUGAAAUGCAUGUUAUCCAAGACAUACUUGUUCCUUUAUACAAGGUUGGAGAUGCACUAGAAUGGGUUGACCGCGAGAUGGAGAUAUACCCCAUAUGGCUCUGUCCACACAAAUUGUUCAAGCUGCCUGUCAAAACUAUGAUUUACCCAGAAGCAGGCUUCGAGUUGCAACGCAGGCAGGGAGACACACGGAGUGCUCAGAUGUUCACAGAUGUUGGAGUUUACUAUGCACCAGGUCCUGUGUUAAGGGGUGAAGUAUUUGAUGGUGCAGAAGCAGUGCGUAAAUUGGAGAGCUGGAUGAUUGAGAAUCAUUGUUUUCAGCCACAGUAUGCUGUGUCUGAGCUGAACGAGAAAAAUUUCUGGAGGAUGUUUGAUGCUGGUCUUUAUGAGCAUUGUAGGAGGAAGUAUGGAGCCGUUGGGACUUUUAUGAGUGUGUACUACAAAUGCAAGAAGGGCAGGAAAACUGAGAAGGAGGUGUGUGAAGCCGAACAAGCACACCUUGACACUGCUUAUGCAGAAAUUGAUCAACCAGCAGACUAA